CGACUUCCUUUUUACAUUUUAUGUUGAUGCUUUCAUUGCUAUGCAUCAGUGCAUGUGACAAUGAAAUAUGAUAGCUCUUAUGUUAUUUAUGUUUCUCCAGCAAUAGCACUAUAGUAUAAUACUGAUGGAAACGUGUAUUUCUCUUUUGUUUUGUUGAUCAUGAAAUCGCGAGAUUUUUUUCUCGUUUCUAUUCUUUGCUUAUGGAUGUCAUUAUUAUUCGUCGUACUAGGAAAUGAAAAAUUGUUAAACGAAGAUAAAAAGCUUAUAGAACUGGAAUAUGAUGCAAUUCGUAAAUUACAUGACAAUUUGGAUGAUGACAAGAAUGGUGAUGUGGAUUACACUGAGUCAAAGGAGUUUCUUCAACAUGAGUUAAAUGUCAAAGAUCAAAAACGCCACUCAAAGUUCCAUUCUGGUGAUGGCUCUAUUAGCCUAAAUGAUCUGUGGAAUGCUUGGCAGAAAAACCAUGUCUUAAAAUGGACUCCUGAUGAUGUUGCAAUCUGGUUAACUGAUGUUGUUCAUUUACCUCAGUAUGCUGAAAUCUUUAGAAAAAACAAAAUCAAUGGUCAUUACUUGCCAAGAUUAGCUUCUAAUGACAAUGAACUAUUUGUUCAGCUCAAAAUUCCAAAUGCAAUCGAAAGAAAAAAGAUUUCUCUUAGAGCAAUGGAUGUUGUUCUUUUUGGAGAUUUAAGAAGACACAACUACUUCAAGGACUUUAUUUUGGGUUUGCUUGUUUUUGUUGCUAUGAUGGGAUUUUGGUUCUCGAAUACUCAAAAACGUAAAGUACAGAAACAAAUGGAGUCCAUGAUAAAAGAUGUGGAAAUUUUGCAAGAUGCAGAAAAAAAUCUAGCCCACCUUAAAAACAGACUACAGGAAGCCGAGGAGAACCAUCAAGUUGUACAGCACGAAAAAUUUCAACUUGAAAGCAAUCUUAAAGAAGAGAUUGAAGCUGCAAAGCGAGAAGCUCAACGUCUUCGUGAAGCACGUGAAGGGCAUUCUGAUGAAAUUCAUACCAGACUAAAACUUGCUGAACAAGAACUAAUUCAGGUGCGAGAGGCGUUGAACAACUCUGAAAAAGAAGUUGAAUAUCUUUCAUCAGAAUUAUCUUUAUCACUGAAAAAAUGGCUCAAGUUAACUUACCAGAAAGAAGUAAAAAACUUUCAAUACCGACGCAACGUAGCUAUGAAAAAAAUGGAGGAAGCAAAAGAUGCUUGUAGUCGACUAAAACGAAAGCGAAAUACUUUAUUGGGCUCUCUUCGACUGGUUCAUGAUCAAUAUAUUGAUGAUGUUGAUCAAAGAAUACUUGGAGCUCGAUCUUUGUUGGCCGAAGUGACUAAUGACUUGGAAGAACUUCAAUAUCGUUGGCAACAAAUUGAAACUUGCUGCCAUCUUGAUCUUGGAGUUCGUACUUCUUUCUUAUGGUGCGAUUCGACUGAGUCUUUGAGCAAUCGUACCCAAUCAUUCAGAAAUCAAAAUGCCACAGGCCAAGAAACAACAAAUGUAACGUCUAAUGAAAAAAUACCAGUACAACGUGCUGCUACUUGCCCCACAUUCGAGGAAAAUUCUACUGCACGAGUUAAAGCCAGAAAAGGAGUCGAAAGACACGCAUCUGAUCCAAGUGGAAGCACUAGUGAAACGUAUGAAAACGAAGAAAGCGAGAAUACCUAUGAUUUUGUGGAUGGAGAAUCUGAGAGAUCGACGAAGCGGUCUAAUUUUCGACGAGAAGGCUCAACUAUUAGCCAAGAUAGUUCAGGAAGAAUUAAAUCUGGAAAAGUACACCCUAGUAACAGCAGCGUAAAUAAAAAUUGUAAUUCUUCGUCGUUUUCGAGUUUAGAGGAAAAAAUCUCAAGUCCAAAACGAAAAUGGUGGACAAGAAAUAAAAAACAUCAUAGCGAUGAACUUGAAAAUCGGGAUAUUCAGACAAAAGCUUCAUCUCGAUCUAAAGAAAAUAAUUCUCCUUAAACACAACCACAGAACGUUUUUUAUAUUUUCAGGGAAAUUGCGCAUACGCAUAUGUAGAAGUUUUGUUUGAAAUUAACGUAAAGGAAGUGAAAUUUAUUUAUUUUUAUUGCCUGCAAAUAAUGGUUAUAAUUAUGAAGAUACAAUAUCGCUAUGAAAUGUCAUUCAUUACUACAUUUCUUUAAGUCAUUUUAAACUAUUUUUGUAUAGGUCGACAGUAAAUAAAUAAAUAUGGACUUGGUAAA